AUGUUGGAUACUCUUUUGAACAUCAGUGAAGUGAACAGUGAGGACAUGGACAUGACCAAACUUCAACAUCUGCUUCUGAUUCUAUUUACUGCGGGCACAGAUACAACCUCUGCCACGUUGGAAUGGGCAAUGGCUGAGCUGCUACGCAACCCUGAAAAGAUGUCAAAAGCCCAACAAGAGUUGGAGAAAAUCAUUGGCAAAGGAAAACCAGUAGAGGAAGGAGACAUUGCUCGGCUUCCUUACUUCCAAGCAAUAAUCAAGGAGACCUUUCGGUUGCACCCAGCAACUCCAUUGCUUCUCCCUCGAAAAGCCGAUUCAGACGUUGAAAUAUGCGGGUAUAUUGUACCCAAGGGUGCACAAGUGUUUGUGAAUGCAUGGGCCAUCGGCAGAGACCCCAGCAUUUGGGACAACCCAAGCUCAUUUGUGCCUGAGAGGUUCUUGGGAUUGGAUGACCAAAUUGAUGUUACCGGGAAAAACUUUGAGCUAUCCCAUUUGGUGCUGGGAGGAGAAUAUGUCCUGGCUUGUCAUGGACAAUGCGAAUUCUGCCCUUGA